UUGUCAAUCGAUUAAUUUUAUAUCGAUGACGUUCUGUCAGCAACAAAACGGCAACUGAGUGCACACUCGUCUUACUCUUUCUCUACUUCCGCGAUUCUUUCAGUAAUCUGUCACCAAAAUGACUAAGAAAAGGCGUAAUGGAGGACGCUGCAAACACAACCGUGGCCAUGUCAAGGCCGUGCGUUGCACCAACUGUGCUCGAUGCGUACCGAAGGAUAAGGCUAUUAAGAAAUUCGUGAUCCGAAAUAUCGUAGAAGCUGCUGCUGUGCGAGACAUUUCAGAUGCUUCAGUUUAUAGCUCGUAUGUGUUGCCUAAGCUGUAUGCCAAGCUUCACUACUGUGUAUCUUGUGCUAUCCACUCGAAGGUGGUGCGCAACCGGUCCAAAGAGGCACGCAGAAUCCGUACACCGCCACAGAGAGCCUUCCCGAAGGACAUGAAUCGACAAGGAAAUGCCCAGCGCAAGUAGAUCAUGAUGAUCGCUAAAAGCUUCUGUGGAAGUAAUCUAAACUUUGGUUGGUUAUCGAAAACAGAGCAAAACUGGGAUUCAUUUAAGUUGUACUUGGAUAAGAUUGCUUAUAAAUAGAUUUGUACUGCUCACACAGUACGAACUAA